GAAUUUAUCAACGAAUAUAUUAACAUGGGGCAUAUGACACUGCUUAAUAACCCCGAAGAGGCUCGUAAUUUUAUCCCCCACCACUGCGUCACAAAGGCGGACAGCAGCACCACAAAACUCCGUGUGGUCUUCGAUGCGUCGUGCCGAACUUCGAAUGGGAAGUCUUUGAACGACAUAUUGCUCGUCGGUCCGACGCUACAGGACGAUAUUUUCACAAUCCUGCUUCGCUUUAGAGCUUACAAAUACGUGUUAAUGGCUGACAUCGCUAAAAUGUACCGCCAGGUACAAAUGAACUCAGCUGACUCUCCUUGGCAGUGCAUUUUGUGGCGAGAAUCACCGAACACUUCUGUGCAAGUGUACAAGCUGCAGACCGUCACAUAUGGUACAAGCAGCGCACCAUAUCUCGCCACAAAGGCUCUACAACAGUUGGCAAAGGACGAGGCAAAAUCGCUACCAAUUGGUUCAGUUGUUACGCUCAGAGAUUUUUACGUCGAUAAUCUCAUGACAGGUGGCGCUACCACUGAUGAAGUCGUCGAAAUUAAACAGCAAGUUGUUGAGUUGCUUAAACAUGGGGGCUUUCCCCUACGAAAAUUCGCCACUAAUGACAAUUCCAUCAUCUCUGACAUUCCUCAAGCUGACCGUGAAGAAAUCGUACAACUCGGUGACGUAGACUACAUUAAAACACUUGGGUUGAAAUGGUCACCAUCGAGCGAUAACUUCGUGUUCAGCUACACCGAAUCAUCGUCGUCUUCGAAAACAACAAAAAGAGCGAUUUUAUCCCAAAUUGCAAGCUUCUUCGAUCCACUUGGAUUAUUGAACCCUAUAAUAGUUUCAUGCAAAAUAUUAAUGCAGCAUCUAUGGGCACUGAAACUAGAUUGGGAUGAAAGUGUCCCACAAGAUGUUUACACCCAAUGGCAAGAUUUUCGUCGGCAGCUAUCUCUGGUUCAAAAAAUCCAAAUUCCAAGGUAUGUACCUUUCAACACCGCUACUGAAAUUCAUGCCUUUGCAGAUGCCAGCACGAAGGCUUACGGCGCCUGCAUCUACAUGGUCACACGCGAUUCUAAUGGUACGACGUCAUCGUUGCUGUCCGCUAAGUCUCGUGUAGCUCCAAAGAAGGAAGUUAGCUUACCUCGACUUGAAUUGUGCGCUACAUUGCUGCUGGCGGAACUGCUAAAAUCAAUUAUUGACAUAUUUUCACCAAAUCCUGAAGCCAUUCAUUGCUGGUCAGACUCGACCAUCGCGCUAUCCUGGAUCAAGGGAGAGCCGUCGCGUUGGACAGUAUUCGUUGUGAACAGAGUAACCAGAAUUCAACAAUUAACAUCACAAUUCAAGUGGCACCAUGUAACAUCAGCCGACAAUCCUGCUGACGUCGUUUCAAGAGGAGCAUCGGCUCAUGACAUAAUCGCCAAUUCUUUAUGGUUUCAUGGGCCAAAAUUUUUACUGUUGCCUCAAGAGCAUUGGCCACGUUCAUCGUUUGAUAUACCUUCUGACAUACCUGAACAGCGAUGUCAACGAUUCGCAUUGGUUGCAAAGGAACAAUAUGAUAUGAUCGCCUCUCACAAACACAUAACCAACUUCCAAAAAUUUCUUCGGAUAUUUACGUACGUGAGGUGGAUCAUUCAACGCAAGCGGGGAUUGAUGAUUACAUCCGGCGAAAUAGAGGCAACGUUAGAAAUGGUCUGCAAAAAUAUUCAGCUAUUGUAUUUUCGUGACGAGUACCAAAGGAUGUUAAAAAAUUUACCCCUUCAUCGAUCGUCAAGGCUUUUACAGCUCGCACCAUUUUUGCACAAUCAACUAAUUCGAGUCGGCGGCAGAAUAAAAAAUUCUACGUUAGCUUUCAACGCCAAACACCCCAUCGUGCUGCCCCAUGCUCACCCUUUCAUUCACACUCUCAUCACUUACUAUCAUCGGCAACAUCUUCAUGCAGGCGCUCAAACAUUGCAAAAUAUUCUUCGUGACAAAUUUUGGAUACUCAACGCAAGAAAGGUCAUCAGGCAAGUAAUCCACCACUGCAUAAUUUGUUAUCGCCUUCGCCCUGUUGUCACUGAGCAAAUAAUGGGGGCACUACCUUCGCAACGCAUCAGUCCAUCACACCCAUUUGAGACUACAGGCAUUGACUAUUGUGGCCCCGUGUUAAUGACUCAGAAAAUCAGAGGCAGGGCUGCAAUAAAAGUGUAUAUUGCAGUUUUCAUCUGUUUUAGCACCAAGGCUAUUCACUUAGAGGUAGUGCCUGAUUUAUCAACGGCAGCAUUCAUCGCUGCACUUAAACGAUUUGUGGCUCGGCGAGGACGAUGUCGGCUUAUCUACUCCGAUAAUGCAACUAAUUUUCUCGGGGCAAGCCGUGAGUUACGACAUCUGCUUGAAGCAUUCGUUACACAGCAGCACAUCAACUCGGUAGAAAACUUUUGCCGUGAAGAAGGAAUACUGUGGAAGUUUAUCCCACCCCGAUCACCACAUUUCGGUGGUCUGUGGGAGAGCGCGGUGAAAAAUGCAAAACAUUAUCUACGCCGGUCAAUUGGAAACCACAUACUCUCAUAUGAUGAACUUCAUACAGUAGUAUGUCAAGCGGAAGCAAUGGGCGUACCCUCACCGCUAUCCCCGAACCACCACCAGAAUCUGCUCAACUCAGCCUCCUAAAGCGAUAUAAAAUUGUCCAGUGGAUCCAAGUG